GAGCUCUGGGCUGUAUAAUCACACAGGGUUAUAAUAGGCGUUUACAUUUCACCAAGCCUCAGCUGGGUUGCCCGGUUGCGGUGGGUGUUUAAUGCGUGUUCGGGGGCCUGAGGUGCGGGUGAUGGCGUCUAGAUUCCCAGGCGGACGGCGAGUGGCAUGGUCCGUCACCCCCGUUAGCGCAGGACCCUCGCGGGUCCCUUCACGGGGCGCUGAGCUCGGCUGGAGGCCGCCUGGGGUCUCGCCAGCCGCAGCCCCGCGGGUGGAUGUCCCAGCGCGGCGGUGGCUCCCUGCCCGCGGCGGGCCGGACGGGGAAGGGGCAGCCCUCCCUCUGUACUCUACCCCGGGGCAGCGGCGCCUUCAGUUCCCUCCCGGACCCGGCUUCCCGGCACCGUUCGGGGGCGAAAGAGCCCCGAGGAGGGGGGCGGGCAGGGCACUCGCCGCCGUCCCGGCGGGGUCCUCCCGCGCUCGGCUCUCUCCGGCGGCGCCCGCGGGCCGCUUCGGUUGUUUCCGUUACUCUUCGGCUGCGGGUCGGGAGUUUCCGCGCUGGGGCUCUCCCGUUGUCAGGGGUAACGCAAAGCCUCUCGGAGCGAGCGCGGCCUGCGCUGCCUUGCCGGGGCCGCGCUGCGGGUUUUUUGGAAGAGGCAUCUGUCAAAGCUACAGAGUGUAAAUAAAUGAGCUUGAAGCAACAGUAAAUAUGUGAAUAAUGAAUUCCCAAGAUUACACCAAGCAACUGAAUGUUGGUUUAGUGAUUUUUCCACAACUGAGUAAUCCACUUAUAUAAGUUUGCAGUCUGUGACAGCUUCUGUCAUGGCUGUGUACGUGGAUCAUCGGACGGAAGCUCCUGACUCAGUUGCCUCCCCUUCUCAUAUAGCAUGGCACCCACUUCAUCCGCUCCUGGCAGUUGCUUCCAUCAGCACAGCAUCUGGGGGCUGUGUGGAUAUCUACCUGGAACAGGGAGAACAUGUGUCUGAUGCACAUGUUGAGAGAAGCUUUCAGGUCACAUCGCUUUCCUGGCACCCUUCCCGACCCAUUCUUGCAGCAGGUUGGGAGACGGGAGAAGUUGUGAUACUUAAUAAACAAGACAAGGAGCACCACGCUGUACCACCAAGUCAUGACGCCAAAAUUACGGUCCUAAACUGGAGUACAGAUGGUACCCGCCUUGUGUCUGGCGAUAGGCAUGGUGUCUUGGUUCUGUGGCGAAUGGACCAGCGAGGCAGAGUGCAGGGUCCUGCCCUGCUGAAACAAGAGUAUGGAAAAUGUCUGUCCCACUGUGUCUUUCGACCACCCCCUCCUGGCGAGGACCUUGUACAGCUGGCAAAAGCAGCUGUGGGUGGUGAUGAGAAGGCCUUGGAUAUGUUUAACUGGAGAAAAGCUGGAACAGGAGCACCUCUGAAAAUGGGACUCCAGGAAGGACUGUCCUUCUUCAUCACUUUGACAGAUGGUUCUGUGCAUUAUGUGAAUGAGAAAGGAAAGACGAGGCGUGUGUUGUCCACAGACAGUCUGGUCCAAAAGCUUCUCUUCAUGGAGGAAAGAGAUGUUUUAGUUGUUAUAACAGAGAACCUGCAGCUGUCCUUGCAUGCAAUUACUCUUGAGGGAGAGGCAGAAGAGCUCAUGAAGGUGAAGUUGAGUGGGAAGAUAGGUCAUUCUGCAGACAUCAUUUUAAUAGACCGUAGCCUUGUUGUUACAGCCCUAGGUGAGACGGUCAUCAGGUUCUGGGAUUUGGACCGAGGCGAGAACUAUGUGCUCUCCCCAGAUGUGCAAUUUGGCUUUGAGGGAGGAGAAUGUAUUAACUGUGUUUCUUACUGCAGUGCGAAAGGUCUCUUGGCAGCUGGUACUAACAAAGGGAGAAUAGCUAUGUGGAGGAAAGCAGCAGGAUCCCAUCAGAGCGUAAGGGCUUUGGAGGGCAAGGAGAAGUGGAAGCUCCAGGCACCUACAGAACUUGAAGGAAACAUCACUCAGAUAAAGUGGGGCUCCCGAAAAAACCUGCUGGCAGUGAACAACAUCAGCUCUGUGAUGAUCCUCAGUGAGCAGGCCAUGUUGUCUCAUUUUCAUCAGCAAGUGGCUGUUGUACAGGUGUCUCCCAACCUCUUUAAUGUGACCACCUUCAGCACAGGAACCACACACAGCCUUUGUGUUGAUAUGAAUGUUAAUGGAGUCUUCACUACUAAGGAUGCUGUAGUAUUCUGGAACGGGAAGCAAGUUACUGUCUUUGAGUGCUCAGGAGAUACCUUCAGGAAUGCAGGCUCUUUUCUUUGUGACUCUCCAGUUCUGGCGGUGCAUGGAGAAAAUCUGUACGCAGUUGAGCCGUAUCGGGUCCAGGUCCGCACUUGGCAGGGCACAGUUAAACAGCUGCUGGUGUUCUCUGAAGCAGAGGGGAAUCCGUGCCUCUUGGACGUCUGCGGAAAUUUCCUGGCUGUGGGAACUGAUUUGGCUCACUUUAAAAUCUUUGAUCUCUCUCGCAGAGAGGCAAAAGUGCACUGCAAUAGCAAGAAUUUCUCUGAGCUGUUUCCUGGCCUUGGAGGCAUUGCGUCUGUCAAGUGCAAUGCUAAUGGCGAUAAAGUCAGCAUCCUCAUUAGCAAGGCAGAUGGGAACAUUGAUUCCAAGAUCUGUUUCUAUGAUGUUGAAAUGGACAAAGUUACGCUCUUUGAUUUCAAGGCUGAACAGGGAAGUGGGAGAGAGAAGCUUUCUUCUGGACAAGGCAUUGAAAAGUCUGUUGUAGAGUAUCCAGAGUUGCACAGUCACAUCCCUGCUUGCCAUUUCUGGGACCAGAGCGAACCAAGACUUUUUGUAUGUGAGGCAAUUCUUGAAACAUGCCUGCAGUCUCCAGACCAGAAGAAAAACCAAACUGAGAGCACAACAGAUGAUUGGAUUAUCUCAUUUUUCAAUACUGAAGAGCACGGCCUUUUGCUUCACGACAGCUUUCCAUUACCUUCAUCCUACCAGGUUCUUCUGGGCAUAGAGGUGCCACAUUAUUAUUUUGCAAAAAAGCCAGGAGAAGCCGGGAUAGGACAAGCAGAGCCUGACUCAAUAAAGGUCCCUCAGAUGGUUGCGAGAAGGCCCAUGAGAGACUUCAUUGGAUUAGGAGACUGUGAUAAGACUACCCAGGAUGCCAUACUGAACUUCAGCUUCUAUCUGACUGCAGGAGACAUGGAUGAGGCCUUCAAAUCCAUCAGGCUGAUAAAAAGUGGUCUUCUUGUACCCCAGCCAAGAAUUGAGAUGGAACGUUUAUCAGCAAGUCUGGUCUCUAAACGACUGGGCAAACACAUUCAGUUCACUUUUCUGUGCCAGCCUGGGCCUUCUCCUUCAGGGGUUCCUCUUUCUUUGAGAAGCGAGGCUGUCUGGGAGAACAUGGCUCGCAUGUGCGUGAAGACUCAGAGGCUCGACGUUGCCAAAAUUUGCCUUGGAAAAAUGGGUCACGCGAGAGGAGCCAGGGCGCUGAGGGAGGCUGAACAAGAACCGGAGCAGGAGGCCAGAGUGGCCAUGCUGGCCAUUCAGCUGGGCAUGCUGGAGGACGCGGAGCGGCUGUACAAGGCUUGCAAACGCUACAACCUCCUGAACAAGUUCUAUCAAGCCUCAAACCAGUGGCAGAAAGCCAUCGAAACAGCUGAAGCUCACGAUCGGGUUCACCUACGCACCACGUACUACAACUACGCGAAGCACCUGGAGGCAACCGGAGAGCACAGCCUUGCGCUCACCCACUACGAGAAGUCAGACACGCAUAGGUUCGAGGUACCUCGAAUGCUCUCUGAAGACUUACAAGCCCUGGAGAACUACGUCAACAAGACGAAAGACAAGAGCCUGUGGAAGUGGUGGGCACAGUAUCUGGAGAGCCAAUCAGAUAUGGAAUCUGCGCUGAAAUACUAUGCGCUGGCUCAGGAUUAUUUUUCCCUCGUCCGUAUAUACUGCUUUCAGGGCAACAUUCAGAAGGCUGCUGAAAUAGCAAAUGAAACGGGGAAUUGGGCAGCAUCGUAUCACUUGGCGCGCCAGUAUGAAAGUCAGGAUGAAAUCAAGCAGGCUGUUCAUUUCUACACCAGGGCCCGGGCAUUUAACAAUGCCAUCCGCUUGUGUAAGGAGAACAAUCUCGAUGAUCAGCUGAUGAACCUGGCUCUUCUGAGCUCUCCUGAAGACAUGAUAGAGGCAGCCUGCUAUUAUGAGGAAAAGGGGGAGCAAAUGGACAGAGCCGUCAUGUUAUACCACAAGGCAGGACACUUCUCCAAAGCACUGGAGCUAGCCUUUGCCACGCAGCAGUUUGGGGCCCUGCAGCUAAUUGCUGAGGACCUGGAUGAGAAAUCAGACCCAGCCCUGCUAGCCCGCUGUUCGGAUUUUUUUAUUGAACACGCUCAGUAUGAGAAGGCAAUGGAGUUGCUGCUGACAGCCAAAAAGUACCACGAAGCUCUGCAACUUUGCCUGAAGCAGAACCUGACCAUCACAGAGGAGAUGGCUGAGAAGAUGACCGUCUCGAAGGGCUCCAAGGACUUCUCUGAGGAGUCCCGGAAGGAGCUGUUGGAGCAAAUUGCUGAUUGCUGCAUGAGACAAGGCAAUUACCACAUGGCGACCAAGAAAUACACGCAAGCAGGGAACAAGCUACAGGCGAUGAAGGCACUGCUGAAAUCUGGAGAUACCGAGAAAAUCGUCUUCUUUGCCGGAGUUUCCGGACAAAGGGAGAUUUAUAUCAUGGCAGCCAACUAUCUACAAUCCCUGGAUUGGCGUAAGGACCCCGAGAUUAUGAAGAACAUCAUUAGCUUCUAUACCAAAGGAAGGGCCCUUGACCUGUUGGCGGGUUUCUACGAGGCGUGUGCUCAGGUAGAAAUUGAUGAGUAUCAGAGCUAUGAGAAGGCACAAGGGGCGCUGACAGAAGCAUAUAAGUGCCUUUCAAAAGCAAAGACGAGAAGCCCCCUGGAACAGGAAAGCAAACUCGCCCAUUUGCAAAGCAAGAUCACCCUGAUUAAGCGAUUCGUCCACGCUCGGAGAGUUUACUCUGAAGAUCCCAAAGAAGCAGUCAGACAGUGUGAACUUCUCCUAGCUGAACAAGAUUUUGACAAUGCCAUCCGCCAUGGCGACAUCCUGGGACUUCUGGUUGAACAUUACGUACAAGCAGAGGAAUUCCGUAUGGCUUACCGGUACCUGGAAGAGAUGCAGAAAAGAAUUCCACCCGCCAACCUGAGCUACUACGUGACUCAGCAGACCAUCGAGGCAGUUCACCGAGGAGCGGGCGUUCCCCUAAGCCGAAGCCUGGUUUCAGAGCAGCUUCGCCAUGGCAGCGUGGAGAACAAGGAGGAGGAGGAGGAAGUGGCUGAUGAAGUGGAGGACCCCUGACGACUUACACUUACCAAAUGCCAAGCUGACUUUAAUACUAGGUCAUUUAUUCUGUCCUCGUCAGGGAUCACGUAUCGGUCAAUACACUGCCGCAACAAGGCUUUUUGGUUAUUA